AUGAAAGGUCUGCGCUACCGCGACUGGAACUCUCUCAUCCCAAUCACCGCUAGUGCCAGGCUUAAUAUCGUUGGCAAGUUCCUCAACCACAUCAUUUACACUGAUGCCUUCGACUUUUGCACUGUCUUGGCCAAGUUUGGAACUUCUUGCCCUGUUUCCACGAGCGCCGCACAGAUCAAGUUCUGUUUCCUGAUCAAGAAGACUGCUCCCCCUUUGCCAAUUUUAUUUCAAAUUCCCUCCAUCAACGGCAACGGCCACAUUACCUUCUGCCUGCAGGCCACGGUCACUGUCGUGGAAGCUCCACCAUCUUAG